AUGUCGUCCACAGUUAUGGGAUCAUGGGCGGAUGCCGGCGACGAGUUCGCAGCUCCAGAUAUCACCGUCAACCCAGACGGAACCAAGACCGUCAUCACGUACAGAACAAACGCCGAAGGUAAGAAAGUCAAGAUAACCCAGAAGAUCAGAGAAGUCAAGGUUCAAGAAAAGGUGCAUCCAUUGAUCGCUAGAAGAAAGAACUGGAAGAAGUUCGGCAAAGAAAUAAAUAGUCCACCCGGUCCCGAUACUAGUACAACCCAACUAGGUGAAAAGGUGGAAUUGAAAUUGAAUCUUUCAUGGAAACAAAUCGAAAAGGAAGAAGAAGAAAACAAACAGCAAAAGAUGUCUGCCCAAGUCAUGCAAACCGUUAGAUGUAGAACUUGUGGAGGUGACCAUUACACUACCAAGUGUCCAUUCAAGGACACCUUGGGCUCCAACGUGGCCGAAGCCGAUGCUGCUGCCGCUGCCGCCACCGAAGCUGCAUCCACCACUGCCAGUGGUAAAUAUGUUCCAAGACACUUGCGUAUGGAUGCCAACGGUAACUUGCCAAGCAAGGAGUCUCGUGACGAUUCUACUACAUUGAAGAUCUCCCAAUUGAACACUUUCGUCGACGAAGAAAUGUUGAGAGACGAAUUACUCUCCUGGUUCGGCCCAUUGCAAAGAGUCAACAUUGUCAGAAACAGAGAAACUGGCGAAUCCAGAGGAUUUGCCUACGUUUCCUUUGCUACUGAAGAGCUUGCUCAACGUGCUUUAGAUGCUUUGAACGGUAAGGGUUACCAUUCAUUGAUUUUGCAUUUGGAAUGGUCGAAGAAGAGAAAGCCAUGA